AUCUCUCUCUCCUUCUCCCCCGCCAUCGACUGCUCUCCCCAGACACCCAACCAACGGCCCUCCCACCAUGCGACCGGACACUCCCCGCGACCCCGUCACCGGCCCCGAGGCAGGGCCAGCCUCCCCCUAUCCCAUCCGCCUGUCCGGCCCGGUGAUCAAAGGGUUUGGGCGGGGCAGCAAAGAGUUGGGCAUCCCUACUGCCAACAUCCCCGCCGACGAGCUGGCCAAGUAUCCCGAUCUGUCAGUGGGCGUGUACUACGGCGUCGUGGCCCUGGAUCCCUCCCGAUUCGCCUCCCCGGAGCCCAUCCUGCCCGCCGUGCUGAGCAUCGGUUACAACCCUUUCUACAAGAACGAGACCAAGUCGAUUGAAAUUCAUCUCAUGCCGCCGCUGUCCGCGCCCUCCCCCACGGCCACCGCCGAUGGCCCUGUGACCUUUCACAAAAUGCCCGAUUUCUAUGGCACCCCCCUGAACCUCCUGCUCCUGGGCUAUAUUCGCCCCGAGUUCGAUUAUGUGUCGCUGGAAGCCCUCGUCGAGGACAUCCGCGUCGAUUGCGAGGUGGCGCGCCGCAGCCUGCAGCGCCCGGCGUAUGCCUGCUAUCUGGCCGGCAAGGAGGACGAGACCUGUCCGGAGGAUGUAAGGGGGGAGAUCCGUUGGCUGACCCGGUUUGAGUCUAUGGAACGUCUCCGUCAACAUCUCCGUCGUCGUCGCAGCAGUGCUUCCAGCUCCACGCCGCUACAAUCCCCGCCGACACUGUCCGCCAGCGAGAAACGUCGUCGCGAGGCCGAAGCCUGUCCGCCGCGUCGUCUAUACCUGACCUCCGACACCCCCGACUUCGAUCCGGGUAUCCUGUCACGCUUCCGCGCCGAGGGCUUCAACGUCGAGUAUCUUCCGUUCCCGGGGAGUAAUCACAAUGACCCGGACCGCGAUCGCAAGGAGCUCGAAUAUCUGCUUCACGAACGAGAAGAUGAUCUCGAGCCGGGAGAGCGAUACGCCGUGGUUGCAUACAACAAACCCGCCCACCUCCUCCUCGAAUCCCACCACCAACCCUCCACCGCCACGAACCCCUUUCCCCGUCUCUGCGCCCUAGUCGCAUACUACCCCGACGGCCCAUCCCCCUCCCCAUCCCCCUCUAGCUCUACCACCACACCCCCCACGGCAGACACCACCACAACAACAACAACCACCUCCUCAACCACCACCCCAACCACCUACCCCCCCUCCGUCCCUCUCCUCCCCAUCCAAAUCCACCUCGCCCGCACCAACACCAACAGUAGCAACAACCCCACCACCGACGCCAUCCACAUCCGCAAACGCCACCGCUGCCACAUCUUCUACUACCCCGAAUCCACCGCCCGCUUCGCCGAACCCACUUCCCCCACAUACGACCGGCUGUCCGCCCGUCUAGCCUGGUCGCGCGCCCUGGAAGCCCUAAAGCGCGGGUUCGGGUGGCCUGGGACUCGAUGGGGCGUGCCGGAUGUGGAGGCCGUGUGGGAGGAGUAUUGGCGGUGUUUGUCGGGGCCAGCUUCAUCCUCUGGGGGGGAGAAUGCUGUAGAUCCUGGGGUUAGGGCGCGCGAGGAAGAAGAUGAGCGGAGUCGUCGCGCCGCGGAGAUCGUGGGGUUGAUGGUGGGGAGUGGGAUGGGGGUGCAGUUGGAGAGUUUGGCGAUGGAUAGUAGUCAGAGUGGGAGUGGGAGUCAGAGUUACAGUGGAAGUGGAAAUGGAAAUGGCAGUGGAAGUAUAAGAUCACCCGGUGGGGGUGGGAUCAGCCAUGUCAGCGAGACAUGUACCGUCGAGGAGAACCCGAUGGUGAAUUGCGUGCCGACUUGUGCGGGGGCACACACCCCCUCCACCCUAACCAAAUUCUACACCCACCAAUUCCUCCCCCUUUCCCCCCCCAACCAAAACCAAACCAUCCGUCUGCUCUCCCGGACCACCGGCCCCGAUCGCAUCGUCGACGAACUCCUCUUAUCCUUCACCCAUACGCACGAAAUCCCCUGGCUCCUGCCGCAUGUCCCGCCGACUGAUCGUCCCGUGCGAGUCGCCCUCGUCAUGGCGGCUAGUUUCUGUGCGGGGAAGCUGGCGCGCUUGAAUAUUUACUGGGAUCAGGCGAGCGUGUUGGUGCAGGUGGGGUUGAGGACGGUGGAGAGAUUACCGGUGGUUGGGGGGGAGGGGGUCGAGAGGGUUUUGUCGUAG